ACACCCCUGUCCGGUUUGUUUAAAAAAAAAAAUCCACCAUGAUUGGUUCUCCAGACUUGGUAGCUUUUACUAAAGAAACAGAUUUCAGUGAAAUAGACCCAUCAGCUCUUCCAGAGGAGCUGUCUGUGCCCAUGUAUCCCUACACUGGGGAUAUCACUCCGUGGUCCAGGAUGUCUGGUGCUAAUUUUAAGAAGGACUUUAUUCUUUUAUCAGAGUUUUCAGAGCAAGUUGGGCCCCAACCUUUGCUUACUGUUCCUCCUGAAACCAAAGCGUGUGGGACGUUUGAUUUGAACCACUUCUCCCUUCGGAUUAUGUCAGUGGACUAUCAGUCCUCUCUCGCCAGCUCGGCAAGUUGUGGCUCUUUGAAACUGAACUUUGUAGAAGACUCAAUGGUAGUUUUAGGGGAUUCUAGAGAAGGAGCAUUUGCAUAUGUGCACCACCUUACGCUCUAUGACCUGGAGGCUCGAGGGUUUGUACGACCACUUUGUCUUGCUUAUGUGUCAUCAGAUGAGAAUAAAAUCAUGCAACAAUUCCAGCAGCUUUCCACAGAGUUCUCCAAAGUAUCUGAAUGUCUGAAAACGGGGAACAGGAAGAACUUUGCGAAUGAACUGGAGAUAAAACUAAGAGAUCUGGAGUAUACAAAAGUCAUGUUACUUAGAGAGAUAGAAAGAGAGUUCAAUAAUGCAUCUGUGAAGUGCACCAAUGAAAGGGAACGGAUGUUGAAUGGUAUGCCUACAUUAGAUAGAAAUACAGAAGAUGUGAAACUGAAUGAGUGUGAAACUGAAAUGAAAUUACAAGAGAAAGACGGAAGUGGGAUUUCAAAAAAGGCGGAAGUAGAAUCUGAAAAUGAGAAUAGGUCAUGUAUUACACACGAGAAAGAUAAACGGUUUGGGGAUCGAAGGGACAAGCAGGAUAAAAGAUCUUGCCCAAUGCCAUUGGCUAACAAAGAACAGGAGUUGGCCACUGUAGAAAAAUCGAUUCAGGAUUAUAAAAGCCUUUUAAAACAGGUCACUUGCUAUCCAACCAGGAAGCUUAGAAACUCUGAGUACUCCCCUUAUGAACCAGAUGACCUCCCUCAUUCUCUGGAACUUGACCUGGAUGAUUUAAGGCACGAUCAGCUUGCUGAGCCAAUGCUAGAAUGCAAUGUUUUUCCUUACACAAACACACCCUCGCAUUCUCUGCAGCUGAUUAACCCCACUUCAUCUUGCCGAUUUGACAAGCGUCUGAAAACUCUCGAGGAAUUGUGUGACGACUACUUCCACCAACAGGCUCUACAGCAACUGUACUCCAUAGAGAGGACAUUCAGAGGAGAUAUUUGCCAUCUCUACACACAACUCCUCUGCCGUAAUCUUCUCCGCAACCUUAAAUCUACCAAUUUCUUAUUUGAGGAUCCAUGUGACUUGGAAGAGGGUGCUGGAUUACAGACUGAAAUAGCUGGUCAACAUUCAGUGCGACAACCGUCCUUUCUUUCUGCACCCUCAAUUCUAAGUGAACUUGUCAGUCUUGAGUCAUAUGCCUCCUGUGUUGAAAUGGUGCCAAUCAAACUAGAGUUGGCUGGAUCUAACCAAUCUCCAGUUGUACCCAGCUCUGUAAAUACCCCUUCCGAGCAUAACCUACCCUUGACAUCCGACACCGCCCCAGUAGAGGCUGAAAUGGAAAAUGAGGGAGUAGUUACUGCUCUGGUUUGUCAAGAAAAUGUGGAAUAUGUUUCAGCUUUGAUGAAGACCAGUAUUAGUAGUGGAGAUAGUAUCGAAGUCUUAGGGACAGAGAAGUCCUUCAGAUCCCAAGGUUCAAAUUUACCAAUGGAUACGGCACUGCAAAGUCCACCACCUUUGUCCACUACAGCUGCACUGGAGGGUCUAAGGCAAGGGAGGGUACCUACCAGACGGACUUGCAGUGAAGACAGCAUUGAGGUGCUUAGCACGACAGAAUCCAUCCUACAAGAAGAAUUGCGUGCCUUAUACCCUUGCGCAAUUGAUGAGGAAAGCCCAGAGCAAGAGAAUGAUGAGAAAGACAGGUGUCAAAAACAAGACAACAAAAAUGUUGAAUGUGUUUUCGGGGUGGGAAAUGUUCCUGGAGAUCAUGGAGGUGCCUUUUUGGAGUCGCCGCAAGGUUUUUAUCCUGUUGUCACCCUGACUCCACCUGACUGUCCUAUUACUUUAUCCCUGGGUGGGUUAAGCUUACAAGAUGCUUGUCAUGCAACAGAAUCGAUCCCUCUCUCAUUGUCAGAGGAGCCCUGUCGGACAAUACCUGAUGAUUUGUCAGACUGCUUCAGCUAUCGGAGCACCACUGCCUCCACAACCUCCGAAUGCCCUUUCUCUGCUUGUCUUCCCAGGGGAAAAAAAGAAGGUGGGACCAGACGAAGGCGUGGCAGAGUAGGGCGGGCAGCAUUGCAGUUCUUGCGACAGUUUCCCUUUGCAGUGCAUGCAGUGUAUAGCCUACUGAGUGGGAGAACAUUGGUGGUACUAGGCAACGAGGAGGCUGCAGUGAGACGACUAGUUACAGCACUGUCUGUGUACAUGCCACAUCCGAGUAGAUACAGAGACAGCAUUCAACCUUGGACUUCAACGCCGCUGCAGCUUACUGACCUGCUCAACUGGAAACUCAUCGGCUUUAAUAGGAUGUGCUGUUUUACUCACACAACUUUGCCUCACUGCCUGGGCCAUUACAGCCGAUACAUCAGUGUUCUAGAUGUGGAUCAAAAGACACUGCGCUGCCCAACCUACAGUGGUACUCUAAUCAACCUGCUGGUGGAUCCAAGGAGCAACUUUAAACGUGGAAACACCUACUUCAUGUUUGCUCAAAGUGUGCAAAGCAAGCUUGUCACCAGAGCAUUCCUUUUAACAUUUUUAAAUGGUCGCCUUACACCCAGAAGGGCUCGGGAAAGUACAUGGACAAAACGUUUUCUUUCUGAAUUUCACAAAGAUGAUAAGAAAAUCCUCAACUAUUUAUCUGAGCUCAUUAAACUAAACUUAAUGGAGAUUCCACCCAAUGUCCUCCGAUUCAGCUACGCCACAACCUCCAUUUUCAAACACUGAAACACAAACUAGUCAACGAUUUGUGCACUGUACAGUAGUUAUACUUAGCUUACACAUCUAGUUGUUUUUGCCCAUCUGUGUCUUUACAUUUUAUGCAUGCUUUGAAAUCUCGUUUACAAAAGGCAGUUGAAGAGAAUAUUUACAGUAAUAUUUUGCAAAGAUCCCUAAGAACCGUCAUAGUUCACAACCUUAAAUGAUCUGUAACAAAGCAAUAUUAAACAGCUUUUCAGUGUUGCAUUUUAAA